AUGCAACAAACAGAUUUAUUCAAAUAUCAUAUCGAUGGAUUUGCACAACAACCUUUUAUGGAUCUUAAAAAAAUUUUUGUUAAAAAUUUUGAGCUUGGACUAGAAACAGCUGGAGCUGCUUUUGCCGUCUAUUAUAAGGAUCAACUGGUGGUGGAUUUGUAUGGCGGUUAUGCAGAUCGUGAACAGCAAAUUCCAUGGACCAAACAUACUAUGGCGAUAAUUCUUUCGGCACUCAGUUUAGCAAUGCUGAUCGACCGGGGUUAUGCAAACUAUGAUGAUUAUGUAUGCAAAUAUUGGCCACAAUUUGCUAGCAAUGGAAAACAAAAUAUUACCAUUAGGCAAAUAACAAACCAUCAGUCCGGACUAGUCUAUGGUGACCAAACGUUUACAAUUGAGGAUGUUGAAAUUCCAGAAAAAAUGUCAAAAAAAAUUGAAAAAAUGCAACCAAUAUGGGAACCCGGUACCGACUGUGGUUAUCACACCCUGACAUUUGGUUUUCUGAUUGAUCAGAUCGUUCGACGAGUAGAUGAACAAAAACGUGGAGUGGUGCAGUAUUUGGAAGACGAAGUUAUAAAUAAACACGGGCUGAAUAAUAUUUCAAUUGGACUUCGGACGAGCGAAGAUAAUAAACGGGUUGCAGUAAUCUAUGAAGCUUCCAAGCAAGAACUGUUAGAGGAAGGAAAACGAAACCCAGAAGCUUUAAGGAAAUUUGCAUUAUGUGACAAUAAACACCUAAAACGGGUCUACGAAAAUUGGCCAUGGGUAAAAAUAUGUGAUUAUAACAAUCCUAAGAUAAGACAAUUAAAAAUGCCUUCAAAUAUGGGUAUUGGAACGGCUCGUUCAUUGGCACAAUUGCAUCAUCUGAUCACUCAAGGAAAACUUCUUUCGCUGAAUUUUCUGGUACAAAUCAGUCGACCACAACUGGAAAAUCAGAUGGAUUUAAUAAACUGUUAUCCAGAAAACAAAGGCUAUGGAUGGCAAUAUUUUAAAAAUCCCAUGGGUUACUGGAACUUUGGACACUCAGGUUACGGUGGACAAAAUGUACGAAUCGACUUACAGUCCAAUGUUACAUAUGUUUACAUGUGCAACGGACUGAAAGCUGCAGACGGCGAUGACGUAGAACCAUUUUCAAAACUUCAAAAAAAGCUUUACGAGUGUCUCAGAACAUUGAACUGA